CCUAGCCUGAACACUACACGAAAAGUACAUUCAUGUCUCUACACUUUGAUCACAUCUUGGGGUGCGCCGCAAGCCAUGCCACUCUCUGAGUAAAGUUGAAAACUGGAAUGAAGUAAAAGCAGAGCUUUCCAUACACAUACAGCAGUGAAAAUGCUAGAUAGGGUGCUUUCGUCACGAAGAGCCGUUGGAUUGAUGAACGAUGAUGGUGAAGGUGGGGAUGGCGGAGACGAAUCCAAGACCAGGAAGCACACCUUCGUCCCAAUGCGUCUCAUAAACUACCUGACCCGAACCGGUUACAUCUGGCCCUGUCUCCUUAUAGCCCUCAUCGUCGUCGUAAUCACUUCUUUCAUUCUCCGGACUCGCGAUUUGGUCUGCAUCUCCGCGUCCUCUUCCGACCGCAUUUCCCGCUUGCAAUUCUUCGGAUUCGACGGCCUCGAAACCGAUUUUGGAUCUCUCGGUGUCCCCUGGUGCAGAUCGAAACAUGGCAAAACUGUUGAGUGGACCACGAAAGAUUUACUUCAAGGUUUGGAGGAGUUUGUGCCAAUAUAUGAAACACGCCCCAUCAAGAACAACAUGUAUGGGAUGGGAUUUGACCAUAGUUUUGGUCUAUGGUUUAUCACCAGAUGGUUGAAACCUGACUUGAUGAUUGAGAGUGGUGCUUUUAAGGGACACUCGACCUGGGUUUUGAGACAAGCAAUGCCAAACACACCAAUCAUUUCUCUGACUCCUCGUCAUCCCUUGAGGUAUCUAAAGAAGGGACCUGCUUAUGUUGAUGGAAAUUGCACAUACUUUGCCGGAAAAGAUUUUGUUGACUUUGGAAGUGUUGAUUGGGAAGUAGUUCUUAAGAAACAUGGAGUACAAGAUAUUAGUCAAGUUAUUGUCUUUUUCGAUGACCAUCAGAAUGAAUUGAAAAGAUUAAAGCAAGCACUUAAGGCUGGAUUCAAGCAUCUUGUUUUUGAGGACAAUUACGAUACUGGUACAGGAGAUCAUUAUUCCUUGAGGCAGAUAUGUGACCAGUUCUAUAUAAUGGGUGGUGGCCACAGUUGCUUCUUGGAAAGCGAUGAAGCUAAGAUAAGAUCAAGAAGGAAGAAAUUCUGGGAAAAGGCAGUUGACACGGAGGAACUUUGUGGGCCAGCUGAAGCAUGGUGGGGUGUGAGAGGUGAAAUGCGGGAUGACUUUAGUAAACGCAAUAAGGCAAUCACUUACAAUGAGCAUUUUCAAAACAGCAGAUUCGUAGAAUCAGUACUUGAUAUAUACUGGGAACUACCCCCUGUAGCAGGUCCUUCGUUAACUCAUCAAAGGAGAUAUGAUCCAGCUCGUUCGUCACCUCCCAUUGUGGAAGAUGGCAGGUAUGGAUUGUUUCAGAGACUGGGGUUAUCUAGGCUGGAGACUUCUGUAUUUAAUGGGUAUACACAAAUGGUCUACCUUCAGGUGUCUCCACAAGAAUCUUAGCUUCCUUAUUUCCCCCCUCCCUCCAAAUUUCUUCUUCGUUUUGGAUGUACCUUCUGAAAUAGUUACUAAUUGACACCUAUUUUUGCAAGUUUGGUCCUACUGUCUAUAUUUUGUACAAUUGACACCUUUUUCCAGUUGCUAACGGCUUUUAUCGAAAUAAAAGCAGUUGAAAACAUGAUAAGUAGUUAACGGGGC